AUGAAUCUCGAACAUCUCGUUAACGAACUACUAUUAGACAUCUUCGAAUAUCUAAAGAGUGUUCAUUUACUCCAAGCUUUUUCUCAUCUCAAUUCUCGCUUUAAUAAUCUUGUCGUUAUCCAUUUUCGAACUCAUGGUCUUGAUUUGCAAUCAAUAUCCAAGCACGAUUUCGAUACUAUUUGCCAACAAAAUCUUCCUUUGAUUGCUGAUCGUAUUAGUGGGCUUCGUCUUUCCGAUGACGACGACACGCCUAAUCAAAUUGAUCUCUUUCUCUCUCAUUCUUUUAUUGUUAAUCGAUUCGUUCAAUUAAAAUCACUAUCGCUCUAUCAUAUAUCCUCGAAUGAAAUCAUGAAAAAAGUCGUCUUACAAAUUCGUCAUCAUCCUCUUACUCAUUUCAGCUUGAUCAAUUGUCAUUUGACGUUUCAUCAAAAGACAUUACGUGAUGUUCUCAAUCGUAUUUGGCAUUUACCAAAACUUACACAUUGUCAUCUCGACUUGCAUUUCCGAUCGACAUCUGAAUUUUCUAUUCCAACGAUUCGAUCAAAAUCGAUUGAACAUUUAUGUAUUGAAAAUAUUUCGUUGAAUUCUAAUCAAUUAAGUCGAUUAUUUCGAUGCACACCAAAUCUUCAACAUUUGACUGCUUCUAUCAACAAGUUAUCUAACAAUACGCAAUUUCCAUAUGUAAUCCAAUCAAUAACUUCAUUAAAGCUCGCCGUCGAUCAUCUUACUCAAGGAACGAUUAAUCUACUGAAAAAAAUGCCCAAUUUAACUGUUUUAACUCUUCAAACUGGAAAACAUAAUAUGAAUGGUCAUCGAUGGAAACAAUUUAUUGUUGAUUAUAUGCCGAAAUUGAAAACAUUCCGAUUUUUGAUGUUUUUUUAUGUUAAUAAUGAAGAAGAAAUAGAAGAAAUUCUAGAUUCGUAUCGAACUCCAUUUUGGCUUAUCGAUCACCAGUGGUUUACUCGAUGUCAUUGGGAAUUAGACAAUAACAAGAUCUUGAUUUAUUUUUAUACUUUACCAUACGCCUUCUCGUUUUAUUCGUACAUUUUUAAAAGCUCCAAUGUUCGCACUAAAUCAACAUGCCCUCGUGACGAUGACUAUUGGUCUUAUAAUCGUGUGACUACAUUGAUUCAGCAUUAUUCGACAUUACAUGAUUUGUUUCUAUCUCAUAUUCGCUUUCAUAACAUCCGGCAUCUUGAAAUGAAUUUACCUGUUUCUGAUCAAUUUUUGUCCGUUCUUUCUCGACUCGAUCAAUUGACUUCUCUCAGUGUAUCAAGUGACGCUGACAUUGAUGAUGAUAUUGUCCUAUCUCAAUUGCAAACAUUGAUCAAUCGAGCACCUCGUCUUUACUCGUUGACUAUUGCUGACUGGCGCUCAUCGAUCAUUCAACAUCUACCAUUGUAUCUUACCAGUAAUUCAAUUCGUCGACUCGAUUUGCAAAGUCAUCAUUAUCUAAAACGUGAUCGCUGUUUCAACAGUGAACAAUGUGUGGCAUUUCUUCGUUCACCAUUGGCCAAGCAAUGUGAAGUUCUGCAGAUUGUCGUCGAUAAUCGAUUGAAUAUAGAUAAUCUUAUCAAUGGAAUGGCCAAUAUUCAAGCGUUAAAGGUUGUGUUACAACUUGGUCAAUGGGACAAUCAUUUUCCUAGCCAAGAAGAAUUUAUUACAUGGAUGGUAUCUGGUUAUUCACGUACUUUCACAGAGAACUUGACUGGCACUGAAACGAUUCGAUUAUGGAUUCAUAAAUAA